AUGCCUUCCACCUCUCCCGGCAACCAUGCCUCCAGCACAGUUCCACGCUCAGCUUUCGCCCAGAUAUUGCCCGGAGCUCCUACCGAGUCACUGCAGUCCUUCACCACCUUCAUAUACCGGUUUAAGCGCUAUGUCGCGUACAUCUCUGGAUCGCAGCUCAACCUCCUUUCUUCCCCGAAUACCCUCGUCCGGGCCAUUACCUUUCCACAUCCUCUGGUCGCGAUAGCAGCAGAAGCUCACAGUGGGAAGAUUAUUGUUGCUGGGAAGAAAGAUGUGUGGAUACUUGAGCCUGUGACUGAAGGCUGGACCAAGAUUUGGUGGGAGAAGACGCUAUUGUUGAAGCGGGAGGAUGCUGGGGAUGAGGCAUAUUCGUUGAGCUGGGGAAACGAUGGGGAAGUACUGGUUGGAGGCAGCCGAGUACUCACUCUAUUCUCGACGCUGCCUUCGUCCCGGACGGUCUCGCCAACGAUAUAUCCUAUUGAUGGAGAGACGAUUGAAGAGAGGAAAGCAUUGUGGUCGAAACCGGUGGCUAGAGCUGUUCGACAAGCGGAAUUCAGCCCAAGUGCGGCCAUGAUAGCCAGCCGGUCACACUACGAUCGUCUCGUGAAAAUUUGGAGGAGAUUGUCGUUUGAAGAGGGCCUAUUCGAUCACACAUACUUGCCGCAUGCUGGCACCAUAACACAUCUUCAAUGGCGACCACCAGGAGAGAACUUGGAAGAGCGGAGAGGUAGCGGUAUUUCCGGUCGACAUGACGAGGACUCAGAAGUGCUUUACACGAUCGCCAACGAUGGUAUACUACGUGUAUGGCGAACCGCGGGACUGCACGAUCUCGACAUCCUGGUUCUGCAUACCACCGUUGACCUGAUUGCUUCCAUACCACAGUCGCCCAGCCUGGUCAUUAAGGGACAAUCGAAACCUUCACAGGCACCACGCUAUGACGUCGUGCUGUCGUGGGACCAGUUCUCCGCUGCUGUUAAUGCCGCCAUUGGAAUAUCACAAGAUGGAAAAGUCAAUCAUUCCAAGGAGUUGCUGAAAGAAAUGAGUUCGAAAGAGCUCGAUGUCGUUGUAUCGUUCGAUGGGCAAGGCAGAAUGUCCGCCUGGGGUCUUCAGAGUAUCGGUCACAAACGACGGCCCGACACGCCAACAUCCAGGGAACCAAUUCACAUCUCUCACGCCGAGGGUAUGCACUUGAGGAUACCACAUGGAUGCCCAGCUAUGUGUCAUGCUUGGUUUCAAGACGAUACUUUCAACCUGCUUACGCAUACGAUCACCGACGGCGAGAUCGCGUGGUGGCAAGGCGGCGUGGAAACGUUCUUUUCGCCCUCAGCUCCCGGCAACGAACGACUACUUCUCAUGAGUCGGUGGUGUGGGCAUGAUAGCGAUGUCUUGGAGUUGCAGAGCUCUAGCGAUGGCAUCGUGUCUCGAUCGGCGACCGACGUGACCUGGUGGACAGUCAACAGCGCCAAACUGUUGCGGCCUCGACGAUCAUUUGGAGUUAGCCCUGAAGUGUUAGCUGCCACAACAUUCAACGGUGGCAGACACUUGCUUACUAUAACGUCUUCGGCGUUCGCGCUCUGGGACGAAUCUGGUCAGAGGAUUGCGAAAGCAUCAUGCGAAGCCGACCAGAGCGGGAGGUUCCACAUCACACUCGCGAGUGAGCAAAGUGUAGCAGGCUUGUUCGUACAGAAUGACGCCAAAGUCCUUGUGAAAUGGACCGUGACGUUACCACAAAGCGACGAAAAGGGCGGCGCGCUCAGCCUCCAGCCUGUGUCCUUGCCGGGCCAAAAGGAAGGGGACGCGGUGUCGUUUGCAGUGCCUGUCGCCGUGCCUUUCGAUGCUGACAGGGAAUGCAUUGUCUGCGCGAACACGAACGGCCGCGUUGACUGCGUGCUUCUUCCCGAGGACGAUGCCCAGGCAACUGACUUUGAGCCCUUUGUGUCUUUCGAAACUGGCAUCGUGAAGCCAUCGGUCUUCUCUGCGAACGAAGAAUUUGCUGUGUUAGCUUCGGCCGAUAGGAAAGAGAUAGUCAUUGUGGAUCUUACUGAUGGCUACAUCGAACACCGACAGUCCCUUAAGCAGCCGGUCCAGCGUCUGGCGUGUUUCACCCCGACCCCCAGGCACAACUUUCUUGCUGUUGCUUACGAUACUCACAUCGAGAUUCUGGCCCAAGGGCGCUACGAGCACCAUCGCUCAGACGUUCCAAUCUGGAUCUCGGUCAAGACCAUUUCAAUUGCUGACGUGGGCCUUGACAUCGCUUCUAUUGCUUGGCUAUCGGACGGCAGUCUUGUAGCUGCCACUGGGAAUGGUGUUGCUGUGGCGUCGCCUGAGAUUGAUCUGCAGGAGCUGGACAAUGAGGUCAAGGAGGCCAUCGAUGCCGACACAGAACAAGAAACGAGACUUCAUUUAACGAAAGUGACGACCUGGCUGAAGACUCCCUUACCUGAAUGGCAUCCCAGCUUGAUUACAUACCUGUUGCACCACGGCCACCCUGGCUUGGCGGCCACGCUUCUUAGGAAACUGGCGCAACGGCUGAAGUUUUGGAGCACCGGGGAGGACCUAACGCUGGAUGAGUCGCCUGUGUCUUUCAUGCAAGAUCUGGAUCAGCACGACCCGUGGCUUGACGAUGACACCGUUACGGAUCUUCGGGAGCAACUCGAAGAAAAGGACCUUCCGCGCACAUCUCAAAGCGAACAGCAGCGAUUGAAGCAUAUUAUUGAGGCGCUUGUGUACAUCAGGGAACAUGUCAGAUCUUUGGAUCGUCAUGCGCUGCGGUAUUUAUUCAACUGGAAGCUUCAGAUGCUGUUCGCGAAGGACUCUGAGAUCAUUCCCAAUGGCUCUGUUAAAGCAAACGGUGUUCCGUCAAAGCAACAACAAUUCACUCCUGACAUGCACUGGCGGGAGAUUUGCUUUGCCUACCACAGCAGCACUCAGCAGGCUUUGCUUGACAUUCUGAUCCUGCACCACGACAACAAGCUCACAUGGCCGAUAGCCCGUCGACUGGGUGUCAUGGCCUGGAUAUCUGAACGCGAGGCGCUCGAGACUGUAUUCGAGCAACUGGGUCAGACAGCAUACCGUUCCGAGCAACCUCCAGAUCCUGUCAAUGCUUCGCUCUACUUCCUUGCGCUCCACAAGAAGCCAACCUUGUUGGCGUUGUGGAGGAUGGCCACCUGGCACAAAGAGCAGCGGACUACCAUGAACUUCUUGAAGCGCGACUUCACCCAACCGGAGGCCAAGACUGCAGCUAGGAAGAACGCCUACGCCUUGAUGGGAAAGCGACGCUUUGAGUAUGCCGCUGCUUUCUUUUUGCUUGCUGAGGAUCCUGCUUCAGCAAGCAGCGUCCUCGCUGGACAGUGUGAGGAUGUGCAGCUUGGCAUAGCUGUUGCAAGGCUGUAUUGUGGCGACGGGUCACCUGUGCUCAGACAGUUGCUAGAGAACAGGAUCUUGCCCUACGCGCAUGAAACUGGUAACAGAUGGCUCAUGAGCUGGUGCCAUGCGGUGAUGCUAGAGAAGUCAAAGGCCGCGGAGACCUUGGUCAUGCCAUUGGAGGGCGUGAAGACUUGGCAUCAAGACGAUCCACUCACCAUGCUGCUGUACAAGCAUCUGCGAAGUACGCCUUCUGAGCACGAAUACGACGCUGUUCUGAGAUCAGCAAGGAUUCUGCGAAGGAUGGGGUUGUGGCUUCUCGCGCUGGAACUUGCCAGCCGGUGGGAGUUCAAGCACACGCAAUCAUUGAGCAGGAGCUUAGGUGCGGUGACGAAUGGCGUUACCAAUGGUGUACACGACGAUGGACCCAAGUCUUUGCUGGACGAGUUCGAGGCACCGCCACCGCGACAGAAAGAGCCACCAUCAAUGCUAGACAACUUCACACAGCCGGAGCCAUCAACACAACAGCCCACCGACGAAAAGGCCGCUCGUGAAGCAAAGGCUGCAGAGCUUCUCGCCAAGAUCAAGGCCAAGAAGGAGGGCUCGACGACGACAUCGACGUUGAAUGAGAAGAAGCCGGAGCCGACGCAAUUCAAAGAGCCUGAUCCCAAUUCACUGUUGGAUAAUUUUGGUUUCUAG